AUGAAGAAGCAUCAUCCUCCUCACCACUCCGUGCAGGGCACCUUCAGCAGGCUCUUCGGCAGGAAGCAUGCCCAGGGUGCCGCCGCCGCCUCGCUCUUCGCCACCAACCCGCCCUGGAUCUUCGCCCAGGAGGUCACCUCCGAGAGCGCUGGUGGCACCGGUGACGUGAUUGAAGUGUAUUAUGGCGAUAACCGCUUUGGUACAAUGACCGAUUCUGGAACGGCGACGCUUAAGCCUCGUCCGAGAGUGCGACCGCUGCUGACGUUCCUGCCCCUCAGAGUGAUAGUGCAACCGUCCUGCUCGUGGCGUAGGACCGAGGAGGCGAUGCAGCAGGGGUCCGUAGAGGGGCUGAUGGAUGGUGCCGGCCCGACACAGCUGCGCUUAUCACUUUAUGACCAUGAAAGUGACGUGAUUGAAGUGUAUUAUGGCGAUAACCGCUUUGGUACAAUGACCGAUUCUGGAACGGCGACGCUUAAGCCUCGUCCGAGAGUGCGACCGCUGCUGACGUUCCUGCCCCUCAAUGCCCAGGAGUCCCAUGGGGUGGCUGUGCCAACGCCGUCUGUGCCUGAAGACUUUGAAGAAAAAGGAGCUCUGGGCUCCAGCUCCCAGAUGAAUGGGAACUACCGGCUGUACAGCUCUGUCGGAGACCUGCGCCCACAGGCAUCGGAGGGGGAGUACCUGGACGAAGACAUCCCACCGCCGCCAUCGGUGGCCCAACCACCGCCGCCGGCACCUGCAUCACCACCACCGCCACCCCCAAUGGCACCUGUGACACCAACACCACCCAAGAUAGUGGUGCCCCCGCCGCCCGCCAUGGCACCCCCGCUGCCACCAGCAUCUGCCUCAUCCUCCCCUGGGACACCGGCCCCUCCAGACUUCAUACCCCCAGCACCACCAGCGGCCCCCUUCUCUGCAAGCAUCUCCAAAUGGAAAUCAGAGACCGUGCUCAACACAAGGCAGGCGGAUGCGGAGGGGCCAGUGCGUCCCACUGAGACCGGGGUGCCAGCAGUCCCUGGCCAGGAAAGCCUGCAGCCCAAGCCCUGCCCUGAGCCGCACCUGACCUUCCCCCGGUCAUUCAAAGUACCUCCUCCAGCCCCAGCCAGGUCUUCCUCCAUCCCAGUGCAGGAGCCGGAUGCCCUGGCGAAGGAGGAGCCCUUCCCUAAGCAGCCUCGCACCCGGCCACCACUCCCACCGUGCUUCACCAUCCGACCUGCAGCCAAGGUGCAUGCAACUGGAGACGCUGAGCAGAAGAGUGCUGUGUUGAGGAAGCCCAUUGCGAAGCCGGCUGUGCCGGUCACCCAGCCUCCAAGCCCAAGGCCAGGGUUAGCACCUGGCAGAGGGACUAAUUCUGCUGAUCGCCAGCCCCUGCCACCAGACUCCAACUCAGAGAAGGUUCCUCAGCCAAAAAAGGGUGAGAAUGACUCAUCUCCAAAGUCUGAAAUUCUUACUGCAAAUGAUCUGGACCUUCCCCCUCCAGAUUAUCCCUCCUUGGAUGAGGACUGGAAAGAGGCCAGCAACCUGAACAGGCUGAAACACGAACUUGUGGCCCUCCUGUCCUCUUCCAAGCGGGAGGAGCAGCAGGUGGAUAGACCAGUAAUUCCCCAGCCCGUGAACAGUGUUACUGAUUGUGCUGGCAGUGACAGGAUCAGCUCUGAUAGAUCCAAGCUCACUAAACCUGUUGGGAAGGACUCAUGGUUACCUAAGGGAGGGGAAAGUGAGAAAAGAGAGAUCUGUAUCAGCACGGCCUCUGCUAAAGAGAGCUCCUCCAAUGCAGUUCUUCCAGCUCCAGAGAACAAACCCACCAACUUGCAACUCAACAGCGUUAUGAAAAUCAGGAAUGAGCUGGAGGCCAUGCUGUCCCUGAAGAAAGAAGGAAAACCUUCCUUGGGACUUGGCAGCCAGAAGCAGAGUCUGGAGAACUGCAGUGGCUCCAUAUGUUCAGGUACAGGCCAUGAUGAACCUGGUGGUUCCCUGCUGCCAAAACCUGUUCCGGGUCAGGUCCAACCCCUGGCUGCAGCAGUGGAGGAUGAGAAGGUGCAGGAGGAUCACCAGGUGCCUGCUGCCCCCUCAGCUAGUGAUGCUUUGGAGUAUGUAAACCCUGUCCCCAAGCCCAUGUCCCCCAGUAGCAGCCUGAACACCUCAAACCAACCUCAGAAACCAAAGGAUGAGCUCCCAGUCUUGGCUUCCCCUUUGCCCUCCUCUCCAGAGAUGCUCUCACCCAUGCAAAGCUCAGCACCACAGUCUGAUGUGUCCCUAUUCCAGUACAAAACCCACCGGGCCAGGGCCGACUUGACGGACCAGCUGGGUGCUGCAAGCUCGGACGAAAACAGUGAUGGAAAAGGUGUGGGUCUGCACCCUGCUGAGAGCACACCUGUACCCUCAGAGCCACUGGGCUCCUUGAGAGUGGGCCAAGAUGAUGUACUGAUCCACCCUGUCACGGGUGAGAAGGUGGAGAAGGGCUCCCCCAUGGCUCUGCUCCUGGCUGCGAAGCAGCGAGCACAGAGAGGUCGGCACACUCCCUCCCGGCAAGGCAGCAACAUGGGUGAGAAGCCACAGGUUAAGGUACCUCAGAAACCCAAUAGCGCUGUGUUGGAAAUGGCCUCCACCAGCUUUUACCGUGAUGAGUCCAAGCCUUAUUCCUUUACAGUGGUACCCCGGUCCCCCCGGACAGCUGUCCUUGGCCAAACAGGAGAUGGGUUGUCCAAGACAAGCUCCACUGUUGCUGGCAGUGCCACGGGCUUGGCAGGAUCUGGGCAGAGGCAGAGCAAACCACCAUCCUUCUCCAGCUCUUCUGAGCAAAGCUGGACGGCACAGAAGCCAAGCAAGGAGGAUCCUGAGAGCUUCCUGAGGCACCGAAGGGCAGCCACCUCCAACUUAGUGCAAGGCCUCCUGGAGUCAAGCCAGCCGAAACAUCCAGACCUGCCGAACAGCAGUGCCCCGCUGCCCUGUGGUCUAGCAUCCAACAAGGAAGAGAAGAACGGGGAAAUAAUGGAUUAUGAAAUUAUCCCCCCUCCACCAGAGUUCAGCAAUAAUGUGGACGAUGCUGAGGACGCUUCUCUGAACAGAGAAGCCAGCCACAAAUGUCCCACCUUCCCUGACUACAGCCCAACUUUGGAAACACCACAGUACUUCAGGUGGCCUAGCCAUGGCUACAGAAGGAACUAUGAUCUGCCUUCCCAAGGGUCCUCAGAAGAAAGCAGAAAGAAUAGUGACUUUGUUCCUCAGUAUCCAGAUUGCAGCACCUCUGCAAGUUACUUCAGUCACUACCCGAAUAACCGCCCACUGAUCAAAAAGCGUCUGUACAUGUCUGAGCCUGACCGGUCCUACCCGAGAGCAGCUGCAGCCUCCCGGGGUAUUGGCACGCUCACAUCCUACAGCCCUGGCACUGGGGGGUUUGGCUCCCCGGCCACGGAGGGGAUGCGCCGGGUCAGCUCUGCCCACCGGAGCACCCCAGGGAGCACCCAGGGCAGGAGGAUGGCUGCAGAAACGCCUGGGAAAACUGCGCCUUAUAGCAAUGCCAGCAGCGAUGCCAAGUACAAGGGGCAGAAUGGGGAUUAUUUGCCUACCAGCAUGGCAGCAGCCAGCAGACCUGCCCAUGGCAAUGCACAGUACGGUGCACCCACAAACACCUUCACGGUCAGGCCUGGGACACGGCAGCCCAUCUCUUACGUGUACCAGAACAGCCAUCGAUAGGCUUGUCCAGAGGGCUGCUCUGCUGCUUUCGUGUUUAUGCUGGGAAGAUGCUAAAAUGCACCUGGGUGGAUCUUCUCCUUCUCUGCGGGCACCAGUAACUAUCCCAACCCAGGCUUGUGAACACACCACUUGUAAACUACUGACGGUGGAGGUGGGGAGUGAAUCAGGGACUUGGACUCUUCUCAAAAGACUGUCAUGGAGCAUAGUUACUGCAGAGGACCAGCUGCUGUGCUGUUACGUGAGCAAGCACGUUUUUUUCUCCUCUUUUCCCCCCUACCCCAAAGUAUUAUUUUCAAAACUGCAGCCUAAUAGGUCUCCUAAGAAGAAAGUGAAAAAAGCAUCCCUGGCUCUCUUUAAAGAGCAUAACUACUGAAGAGGUUUUUUCAUGGUUUUUAACUGGUUUGAACGCUACAUGCUCAGGAGUAGGGAGAAACCAAUUGGAAGACGUGCAUAACGGAAGCAAACCAGCCUGUUUCUGACUCUAGGGGAAUUAUAAGAAGAGUGUGAGACCAAUUGGAUAGAAGAUAGUUUAGGAUGUCCAGGUUCUAAUCUCUGCUGCCAU